AUGGGUUUGAUCUCCCAGAACGCUCACACUGGGAGGCAGAGGAAGAAAGGAACGGAUGAAGAGGGAGACCUUGAAGAAUCUCAUCAGGUUCAUGGGGAAGAGGAGGCUGUUGGAGCAGAGGUAUCUGGUUCAACCAAGUUGAAGAGGAAGAAGAGAAAGAGGAAAGAUGGCGCCCCGACUGAAGCAGAAAAGGACGCAGACCUGGAGAGCGCAGAAGAGAAGAGGCUGGAGGGGCUCCUGUUUGGUUCACUUUAUUCUCUCCCAGAUUUUGGUAAGGAAGGGAAUGGAGAUGGAGGAGAGGUGAUUGAUGCAUCUGCUGCGUCACAAUUUUAUAUCGAUAAAACUGGGGGCGAUGGCGCAGUGGUUCAUGAAGAGGACUUGCAGGCGCAGGUUCGGGAAUAUGAGCAACUCGACGAACUCAGAGAUUCUGUCUGGUUUGACGACGAAGAAGAGAAGGUCAGAGUGGACGUCACAAAUGUCAACAGAUUGAGGAAGCUAAGGCAAAAGGCCGACGAGAGUGUCAUCUCUGGCAGUGAUUUUGUUUCACGAUUGCGCGCUCAGCAUGUUAGACUCAACCCCGGAACAGAAUGGGCCAGAAUUGGCUCCAGGUCGCGUGAAUACCAUUCCUCUGAUGAUGAAUCUGGUGAGGGAAGUGGGGUCACUGCUCCCCAUGAUGCUGAAGAUAAAGGCGUUAGUAUUCUUCAGAGCACCGAUGAACUCCUCGUAAAAGAUGGGUCAAGGCUGCUUCCUGGAAUCCUGGAGUACUCAAGGCUGAUAGAUGCUAACAUUGAGGAAUCAUCAAAUGGUCCCAUAAGCUCCGUGCAGUUCCAUAGAAAUGCUCAAUUACUGCUGGCUGCUGGGUUGGAUAGGCGAUUGCGGUUUUUUCAAGUCGACGGAAAGCGUAACACUCGAGUGGAGAGCAUCUUCAUUGAGGACUGCCCCAUUCGCAAGGCUUCGUUCCUGCCUGAGGGCUCCCAAGUCAUAAUUUCAGGGAGAAGGAGGUUCUUCUAUUGUUUUGAUCUAGUAAAGGCUAAGUUUGACAAGGUGGGCCCCUUGCUUGGUCGGGAAGAGAGAAGCUUAGAAUCUUUUGAAGUCUCUCCGGACUCUGGUACCAUCGCAUUCAUCGGUAACGAGGGGUAUAUCCUUUUGGUAUCAUCGAAGACGAAGAAUCUGAUUGGCACUUUGAAGAUGAAUGGCACUGUUCGUUCCUUGGCUUUCUCGGAUGAUGGGAGAGAGCUAGUGAGCAGCGGGGGAGAUGGGCACAUUUAUCACUGGGAUCUUGGGACAAGAAAGUGUUUUCACAAGGGCGUCGAUGAAGGUUGCCUGACGGGUUCUGCACUCUGUACUUCUCAGGACAGCACCUUGUUUGCUGCCGGCUCGAGCAGCGGAAUAGUGAACGUUUACUCCCGUGAAGAGUUUCUUGCCGGAAAGAGAAAGCCCGUGAAGGCAAUCGAGAAUCUCACCACAAAAGUUGAUUGCUUGAGAUUUAAUUGCGACGCCCAGAUGCUGGCCAUUUGCUCGUCGAUGAAGAAGAACAGCUUGAAGCUCCUCCACGUGCCAUCGUUCACUGUAUUCUCCAACUGGCCUGCUCUGGGGUGCAACCUUCAGUACCCACGCUGCUUGGACUUCAGUCCUAAUGGAGGAUUCAUGGCCGUUGGAAAUGCUGCUGGAAAGGUGUUAUUAUACAAGCUUCACCACUACCAAAAGGCCUGA